AAGAUGAUGAUGAGAUGAAGAUAAGAAUAAGAAAAUAAUAAGAAGAUCAACAUGAUUGAAGCCUCAUUUGCUCCGAAUUUACCGAACCGUUGACCUUAUUUCUUAAAGACUAUCAUCAUUUUCUCCACCUUCUUCAUCUUCAUCUUCAUCAUCAUUCUUAUUCUUAUUCUCUUUCUCCUCCAUCUUAUAUUUUUCUCUCUCUUUUUGUCUUCUUUCUCUCCUUCUCUCUCAUUUUCUUUCUUUUCUCAAUGAUCCCAAUAACAGAAACUUUGGAUUCUCAGUUAAUCUUAGGCUUCAUCAGAAGCAACUUUAGUUAUCUUUUUACAGGUAACUUUUAAUUCACCUUUUUCUCCAUGUUAAACUGACCAUUGUUACUAUUUGUGUCCUUUCAUCUUUCUCUCUGUAUUUAAAUCUCUCUAUUUACUAAUCGACUGAUUAUCAAUUAGUUUAAUCAUGUCGAAAACAAAGAUUAAUCAGUUUUACAACGAUAGUAAUUUAAAGUUCAACUUAUUAACUGCAUCAUUUUGUCUUUUAAUUGUUUGCUAUUUAAUUCAAAUUGUUCAUCUUAUUGAUGGAAGUGAUGAUAUAAUUGAAACUGGUGCUGUUGAGGGAAUCCCUUGUAUAUCUAAUGGUAAAUUUUACCGUAAUCCUGAACAAAUUGGUAUUCGAGACUGUGCCAGGUACUAUUGGUGCCCUCGGGGUAAAGUUCUUGAAUUUCGAUGUUCAUCUGGACUUUGGUUCGAUGUAGAUCGACAAAUUUGCGACUUCAAGUCCAAAAUUCCGACAACAAAUUGUGAAAAAUCUCAUGAUGCAUCAACACCUCGACCACUUUUGGCUACCGAAAGUCCAAUUUGCCCUGAAGGUCAAUUAGCUUGUGCAGAUCGUAAAUGUCUUAAUCGUGAUGUCUUUUGCGAUGGUACAACUGAUUGUAACGAUGGUUCCGACGAAUCUUAUUGUGAUCCAGAAAACGAUCCCAAUGCACCAGGUCGAUGUGAUCUGAACAAUUGUACUUUACCCGAUUGCUUCUGUUCAGUUGACGGAACUCGAGUACCAAACGACCUUAAAACUGAGGAAACACCACAAAUGGUGAUAAUUACCUUCGAUGAUGCGGUUAAUAAUGAGAAUUGGGAUAUCUAUCAAUCGGUUUUCACACCAAAUCGAACCAAUCCCAACGGAUGUCCAAUCAGAUCAACUUUUUUCCUCUCUCACGAAUACACUAAUUAUCGACAUGUUCAAAAACUCUGGAAUGACGGACACGAGAUCGCCGUUCAUUCAAUUACUCAUCGACAACCUGAACUUUGGUGGACUUUCAAUGCUACAAUCGAAGAUUGGUUCGAUGAGUUCGCGGGAAUGGCCAAUAUAAUUAACAAAUUCGCGGGUAUCCCAUUGGAGGAAUUAAGAGGAACUCGAGUUCCAUUCUUAAGAGUAGGUUGGAAUACUCAGUUGAUCAUGAUGAGAGAGUUUGGUUUCCUUUAUGAUUCCUCGAUGGUUCCACCCAAAUCAGAUCCACCCGUUUGGCCUUACACAUUUGACUUCCGUAUUCCUCAUAAAUGUGCCGGUUCUCUGCAAAAAUGUCCAUCACGAUCUUUCCCCGGCAUGUGGGAAAUGCCCAUGAAUCCAUUAGAUAUCGAGGGUCAUACUUGUGCUAUGGUCGAUUCAUGUCCAACUCACCUUUCAGAGGAAGAACUAUUGACCUUAUUCUUGGAUAAUUUCAACCGUCAUUAUCGAACCAAUCGAGCACCGUUUGGACUUUUCUUCCAUACAGUUUGGUUCAAGGAUAAGAAAAAUUUCAAAGUAUUCCAACAAUUUUUGGAUGAGUUAAUCAAGAAGCCCGAUGUUUACAUUGUCACCAAUUAUCAGGCCAUCGAGUGGAUGAGAACACCAACCGCUUUAGGUCAACUAAAAGAUUUCGAACCUUGGAAAUGUCAGAAAAACAUUGAACCCAAUCUAGUGGCCUGUAAUCAUCCGAAAUUAUGUAAAUUAGCUAGUCGCCAUUUGCGAGGUGAAAGAUAUUUACAAACUUGCUUUGAAUGUCCAGAGGUUUAUCCAUGGGUCAAGAAUGAAUUUGGUCUUGAAUUUAAAUGAAUCUCAAUCAACCCAACACACAAUUAACUGUAUUUUAAAACUAAUUAUUUGUAACACUAAUGUAAUCAAAGACACAAUCGGAGAGGUCAAUAGAAACUAAAUAAUUUAACAAAAAAAAACAAGAAAUUUAUUACAAUCAGGACAAUCAACUAAUC